GAGAGAAGAGAGAGAGGGGCACUCACUGGAGCUCGUGCACGUGAUACCGUCAGGCUAGCUUGUUGUCAAAAACGAGAACAGUUUUAGCAAGUUUCAGGUAUCGCUGCCUUUUUCUUUUGGCCGUGAAAUCCCACUUUAAGGGCUCGGCUGAUGCUUUUCCCCACUGUUACCCCUAGAGGACCUUAAAGGGGCGAACGUUAGGCCUAUAUGGCCUCUACAGAGACGAAACAUGAGAUCUGCAGCCCCUUGAUGCCCCGGCGCAACGCUUUGAGGAAAACGUGUGCAGAGAUAGUAAAUGAGGUCAGACAGUCCCUACGAGUUCAGUCCACUCAUCGGCCAUUUACUCCCAGAGAUGGACAUAGACAACUUUUUGGGAGCGCAUCUAUUCGUGACAACAGACCACCUUCUGCUUUUAGCCUUCAUGCUCAAAGUUUUGAUGCUUCAGACUCCAGGCCAGGUUCAGGGACUCGCCUCUCUCCUUUGGAUCAUAAGCCAACGUUUUCAGUCCCCUGUGAUGCUGACAAUCCAUUCAAAGCCUUACCCAAACCUCCUACUAGCCCAGUGAAACCGCGUAGGGGGCUGGCAGGGGCAGGAGUACGAGCACGCCUCCUCAGACCUGGAUCUCUCACCAGGUUACCGCCUUUAGAAGGACACCGAAAUGUGAAAGAGCCACUGAAUGCAGGCCCAGGACAAAAGCAGCUGUCAGCUAAGCAACUUUCCAGUACAGACCACACCGCAGGUUACAGUGGUCCUGUCAAACCCGGCCCUCACACAACAGCAAGUGAAAGAAUAGUGCAGAGUGAUGUGGACUCAGCAGUAAGACCCAAAGACUGCAAAGAAGAUAGCACAACAGAGCCAGAGCGUGGAGACAACAAGGGCAACAAAGAGGAGGAUGCAGAGUCACUGAUGUGGAAUAAUGUGAUCAUUCCUCUCCUUCAGAAACUAGAGAGUGCGGCUGCAGGUGGUUCCGAGGGCUCGGUUGACCGCCUGUGUGAUUUGUGUGACCGCCUCCACGGCACGUUGGCAGAGGCGGACAUGCUCGGUCGGCGCUGUAAGAAGAGGUCAGGGAUACUUCGAACGCUGUUCCGACUCAUUGACCUCAACUAUGCCCAGCUCAACAUGCACAUUGCCCAGCUGUGCCUUGCUCUGUGCGUCAGUGGAAACAACCUGCUCAACAUCUGUAAACUCAUCUUCCAGAUCAGCCGCACUGAAAGCAACGACAUCCUCUUCCAGAACAACUCACUCAUUGAUUCAUUGCUGAGGAUGCUAAGCAACGAACAUGUGUCUGCAUCUGGAGAAGCAAUCCUAUAUUGUGUUGGAACUUUGAAAUUUCUCUCUGGAAACACUGAAAUCCUCAGAAUAUUGCUGGAUAAAAACUUCAUAUGUGUGGCACAGAAACUCAUCCAGAAACUCUGCAUUGUAGAAGAAACCAACCUCCCCAUAGCAGGCCACAUCCUCGUACAGCUGACAACGAUCCUGAGGAAUCUUGCCGACCUCUCUGAUUCCCGUCCACUGUUUGUUUCAUUCUCCAUACUACCAGCGCUUUGCCAAGUGCUGCAGCAACACUGUGAAGAUCAGGAUGUCUGCAUGAACAUUUCCAGAAUUUACAGUAAACUUUCUUCAUAUUCUGAGUGCCGCCUCGCUCUGGCUCAGACCCCCGACUGCUACCAGCUAUUUUUAGAGCUGUUGAGCAAACAUCACCAAAAACAGGAUCUCAUCGUGCGCCUCCUCUUCACCCUCGGGAAUCUCACGGCCAAAAGCGAUGAGCCUCGGCUGGAGCUCUUUCAGUGCGACGGCUGCAUGCGCACGCUUCUCCGGCUGUACGACAUCUACCAGCGAAAAGAUGAGCCACCUCACACAGUCGUGCAGAAAGGAGCCUCUCCUCCCGUCAGACCACAGGUGGCUGACGACGUGCUGGUGAAGCUGGUCAGGGUGCUGGCGAAUAUGUGCAUCCACCCCGCCGUGGGUCCACCUGUGGCCGCAGACACAGCCUGCAUUCGACUUCUGAUGGAGACGCUUGAGCUGAGGACAGUGGAGGAGAGCGAGGAGCUGCUAGUCAAUGUGGCCGCUGUCAUCAACAACCUGUCCUUCUACCAGAAAGAGACUUCUGCCAUCAAACACAAUCAGCUCCAUAUUGCAAAGCUGAUGUUGAAGUUGCUGCUCAGCUCUAGUACAGGAGCCAUGCUCGAGGCCGUUCGCGUCUACGGAAACCUGUCGCAUUACGAGGACGUUCGGAACUUCAUCAUGCGAAACAAAGUGCACCAGUUUGUGGUAACGCUGCUCGACUCAAAGAGCAACGAGAUGUGCUUUGCAGCCUGCGGGGUCCUCACCAACCUGGCUCUGGAUCCUCCCAGCAGGGUCUGUCUCAUGGUGGAGGGGGCUUCUGCCAAGCUGGUGGACUGUCUGAGAGACUUUGGACUGGGUGAUUGGCAGCUGGCGGGCCAGAUUUGCAAGGCCGUGUGGAACCUGACUGGUGGCAGCUCAGAGAAAGUAUUAUACACCGAGGAGAGAGAAUCGCUGCUGGAGAUGCUCGCUGCAUACUUAGGCUAUCAGAGUGGAGUGGUCUCGCCAAGCGCCUUCUUUCCUGAGAGGAGAGGCGUGCCCCCCCCACUCUAAGACCAGCAGCUCCUGGUCCAGCACACAGCAACACUGGGAGGAAGCAACGUUCCCUGGAUUCCAUGAAACGCAGAGGAACUGCAGAGGCCUUAGGGAGCACACGGAAAAAAGAAAAACGAAGGGGAAAGAGGUAUCUGGGAGUAAAAGUAACCUUUCUUUUAUGGCUUUGUAAUGCCAGGCAUAAACAUGCACAAAUCCCUAUGUACAGUGGUCGACAAUCCAGGGGAAGAGGUGUUGGCCUGCAACCCAUGUGCACGUGAGGAAGAGUGAGUUCCCGGGGAUGUUAUUUUAACAGGGAGAGGGCAGCUGUCAUAAUACAACAGGCUCCAAGAGAAAAAGAUCCCACAGAAAAACACAGAAUACCAAACCCUCCCCUGCUAUCUUUAGCAUGAUAAUGACAAAGCCGCCACAAAUCAGUAGAAACGUCAUAUUUUUGCCUCUCUCUCCAUUUCUAUAAUAAAAAUCUCAAAUGCCCUUUCACAUCAAUAGGCUUGUUGAUGGGGAGUCAAGAGAUAACAGUGCAAGUCCAAAGGGCUUUACAAAGUGUGGUAGUGAGUGUGUCUGCAAAAUUAAAGGCAAACUUACUUCUAGUACUUAUGUUACCUAAAGACUAACAGAUGGGGCUCACAUGGCUAAUCUUAUGUUUACAUCAGGACUCCAACAACCCAUCAGAAGACAGCACCUCUGGUUUUAAUAGUUCUAUGUGCCUGCUUGCAUGCACAGCUGUUUUUUCCUCUCUCUCUCUCUCUCUGUCUGACAAGACCUUGGUUUUGCUGACUGAGCAAGAAAUGACUCAUCUUACUGGGAAAGCAGCCAAAAAGGUGUUGAUCGUCACCCUGUAAUCCCUGACAGGCAUUGUAAACGGCGCACAAAAGUCCCGACCCUUCACCGGUUUCUGUGGGAUAGUCACUCCCCAAAAAUAUAAAAAGAAAGCAAUAUCUUCCUUGGAGCUACUCCUGUUAUAAUGUGAGCCACUGAAUCAAAGACUGGUAAAAAAGAAAAAACUGUUAUCACCACCUUGCUCAUAUAAAACCUGGUGAACUCUUACUUAGAUUAAGAAGUACUGUUGGUUAUGAGAGGGGCGACCACGGCUAAGUACACCGGUUCAGACACUAAUAAAAGUCUGAUGUAAUAGAUCACAGUGGCUACAGCAAAGAUUAGAAAUGAUUGCACUCUGCAUUAAUCUGCCUCUUCCUUUCACUGCUUUCACUUCUGCCCCUUUCUUUUUCCACCACCUCUCAAUCUGUUGCCUUCACCAGGAUGUAUUUUGAUUGCAGCGUUGAAGAGAGGGAUGUGAUACUGCUGCUCUUUAAGGGUGGAGGAAGUGAUAUGGCCUAAUCGUUACCCUCGAACUGUUUUGGCCGUGUCUUAUUACUUCAUAAAUAGGCAAUGAGCUCUGGAACUGAAUCGCAGAACAAAACGGCCAGCAGGACAUUGAGUGCGACGUCACGGCGAUUGCCAUAUCAACGUUUAAUUGUUUAUGAAAUGUCAGUUUGAUUGGUUGGAAACUCAAUCACCUUGGCGCCCGUCCUUUUCUGCUGUCGUCACUGACUCAGCAUUUCCAUUCAUUGUAGAGAUUAUUUUGUGCAGCUGAUGGUUGGGCUUGUGAAUUCAGAUUAAAAUAGCAUUUAUUUAUUAAUUUCACUUCUUUUGUACAUGUAGAUUUGUUUUUGAGGCUGAUUUGCUCCAUACUGAAUUCACUUUUACAUAAAGUGUAACACAGAGCAGCUGAAGUUUUGUGUAUUAAGUUAUAAUAAACUGUUAAUUAGUUAUUGUUUCUACACCUGUCGAGCCUUUACUUCGCACACUGUGACACCACGAGCAUCAUCUUGCUCGUGGUUGAAAUUGACUUGAUCAACAGGCUUUUAAAUGUUUCCAUCUGACAUUAUUUUAAUCUUCUCGAGGGUACAUAGCAACCAGGUGAUGCUAAUCAAAUCCACUUUACUAACCGAUCAUCAAGAAGUGUCUAUAAAAAGCAGGCACUUUGGCAGUUUGCUGGUCUGGAGAAUUUAGGCGGGUGUUAGCAAAAUGCUGAAGUCUUCCGAGAAGUGGAUGUCCCAGCAAAUUCAUUCCAAGGUCAGACCAUGCAAUGAUCAAAGAAACUCUAAAAAACCUCAAGAGCUACAUCUCAGUCUUUACAGGCCUCAGUCAUAACAGUCCAAUCAGAAAAAGACUGAACAAAUAUGGCUUGUUUAAAAGGGUCACCAGGAGAAAGCUGCUUCUCUCUAAAAAGAACAUGGCAGGUUUCAAAGUUUAACCUAAACAAAUCAGAAGAUUUCUGGAACAGCGUCCUUUAGACAUACUACACCAAAGUGGAGAUGUUUGCCCAUAACGCAGUAGCACGUGUGGGGGGGAUAAAAACAAAAAAACAAAACACAGGAUAUCAAGCUUGUUUUGCUGUUUUGCUGUUGCAGGACCUGGGCUGGGUAGUUAGGAGUUGACCAUAAACUCUUCUGUAUACCAAAUUACGCUAGAGUCAAAUGUGAGGCCAUCUGCACAUAAACAAUGCUCACAAAGCUGACUGAGCCAAAGCAACGCUAUAAGAAGUGGGCCGAAGGUUUUCCACAGUGAUGUUCCAGAUGGAUAAAGUCAUACAGAAAAUGAUCACUUCGAGUUAUUGCUACAUAAGGUGGUCCCUACAAGAUACUGAAUCAUGGGGUGUACUUAAGUUUUCACAGCACUGCACACGAGUCCUGUGAAACCUCUUUUUUUCACAUGACUCUACUUAAAAGACCGAGGCUGAAACUGAAUGUUUCAAGCAAACACACCAGCAUCCACAUCACAUGAUCCAAGUAGAACAAAAAAACUGAGUUCUUGUGUUUUGUCGUGCAGAAUAAAGCCAGUAAGGUUGAGUAUUAAAAGCCUGGCAGGGAGUGAAUCUGGACUUUUUUAGAUGCAAAAGGCAAAUGAAAGGAAUGUGAUUAAAGGCAAAACAAAACAAAACAAAAUAAUAUAUAUAUUGUUGUUGUUUUUUUUGCUAAGUGGGAUGCAGCAUCAUAGAUGUUUUACCACAAUUAUGUAGUUUCAAAUAAAAACUGGAAAUUGAUUGAAAAUUAUGCAAAAAUAUUUGCAUCAUUUUCUUUUCCAAGAACUAACUGAGGCAGUCAAAGGUCAACAGAAGGAGCCUGGAUGAGUAGAGUUUGCCAACACAUCCCUUUGUUUUCACUUCCCUUCACCUUUGAUCCUCUCAGUUGUCCCUUACUUUUUGCACAACAGGUUUGACUCCAAACAGGGGGUCUGAACGGAAGCGCACAAAACACACACACAGUGAAGCCAGCAGACAUCAUGUGUACAAACACAAGAGAGAAAAGUGAUAAUAUAAAUAAGCAAUCACAGGACGUGUUCUCUCCAUCAUACGUGUUCAUUUCCAAGGACUUAAACCGGAGAGUUCCUCAAACAUGAAAACUUAAGCACAUGAUGUGAGAUCAUGAGUCUGUAGCUUCUGAAACAAUGUGAAAAAAAUAGCAGGAAAUGCUUACAGAAGCACAUUUAUUUUCUGGGCUGAAAUAUCUUCAUACAUCCCACUGCUUGCAUAAACACCGCCUACUUAGGCAUGCAAGUGUCUUAGUCAAAGUUGAAUUAAAUCCUAACAUGUAUUUCAAAUAAAGUAGAGUACAGCAGCUUUUGCACCUUGCAAAUUAAAUCUUUUUACUUCCAUGCCUUUCAGCAGACAUUUACGAAUUGCUUGCAGCUUUUGUAGUUUUGCUUGACUCGAGGGGACAAAGCUUUUCAAUCUGUAGCACCAAGACUCUGGACCAGUUUACCGCUCCAGCUCCAUUUGGCUGGCUUUUUAAAAACAGUUAAAAGCCUUUUCUGUUUAAUCAGGCCUCCUGCUGACAUUUUGUUUUUUUGUUUGUUUGUUUGUUUUUCUUCUAAUUCUGCUUUAACAAGAUUCUCUGUUGAUAUUGCAUUUUAACUGUUGUUCGGCACUUUCCGGCUGUUAAGUCUGUGAAAAGCACUAUCUAAACUUAUUUAGUCAAAAGCUACAUUUCUAAAGACACUUUUAUCCCAAAUCCUCUACACCUGCUCUUUAGCUUUGCUUAAAAAUAAACUGGGUUAAUGUGUAGGGUUUACAUGAGUUUGCUCUUGGCAUUUACAAACUCUCUGUGGACCUCAUGAACCCUCACAGAAGUGUGCCCGCAUUGUGUGUGUGCGCGUGUGCGGUCCUCUGUCUCAUGCCACAGGUAGCAUUGGACGUAUUUGCUCUGUGGUUAAUCAAUUACAGGCCCUUGGAGCAGAGAAAAGGACAAAGCAAUGGCAGAAAAUCUAUCAUAUCAUUCCCCUCAUGGUCGCAAGACUGAUUCAAAUAUCUCUCCAACUUUAAAGAGUUACAUGAAUUAAGAUAAGGUGGCUCCUCUCCAGUGUAGCAUGCACCGAUUGCGUUCCUGUGCUGAUGAGAAACAUGAGUCACUCUGUGAACACAUGAACGACUCAUUUAAAAAACAAAAAAACUUCACUUAAAAAAAAGAAAAAAAAGUGAGCACUUUUUGUUUUAGUGCCACAAACAAGCAUUUAACAAGCAGUUAACCUGCUGGCUGUUACUGGUCUUACGUAAGCCAAACAGGUAGAUGCCGUUGGGCCAAAAGUGAGGUUGGGCACUACUCCCACUCAUUAGACUAGGACUAACUAACAUAAUAGAACAGUAUAGUGGUUUAUUUAUCCUCCACAGCUAAAGUCCUGCUUUAGCGGAACUCAGUAAACAAUGAUGGGAUAAUAAGAGAAGAUAAAACACAAAGAGAAGGCAAAUGUUUUCUUAGAAGAGUCUCGAGCUUUCAAACCGUUUUCCUGCUUCACAGUCAAAUGUCACAUCAGUGCAUUUUUGACUAAACAAAUGCAGUGUGUAGGGAAAACCCUAUGUGUAUGGAAAAGCUAUUAAAGUUAAAAUGCAAAUGCAUAAUAGCAUAAAGGGCUGCAAAAAUAUUUAGCCUUCAUAAACGACAUCGCUCAUCUGUGAUGAUUGGACGUGGGGUUAACGGGGGCAUUCGCAAUUAAAGAAAAGACAGGAGGUGGAAAGAGCGAAGAGAGAGGAGUGAGGGAGUGGGUUAUUUGACCAGCGUUUGGCGACAAAGCGCCUCGUACAUUAUCGUGGGUAAGUAAACACCCUGCACCGUCUGGAGUGACAUCAUUGUCCCAGAGAAUCAAUAACCAGCCACUUCCUGUGCAGCGGGGAAAAUCGAUGACUCUGUACACUAGAUUACCUAUCUUUGCCCACUCACCUGAGGAGACACACACACAAACUGAACACACACAGUGUUGCAGCUCACAUACAUAGGCACCAUUAACAGAAACCACUGUCAUAGUUUUCACCAAAGGGAACGGUCUUUGUGCGGCUUCAGUGCAAAGUCAGCCCAUUAUGGGAUUAGUGGCAGCCACAGCACGGUGUAAGCCUACUGUUGGAAGUCUAAAGGGGAUAAUAGCUCUGCCAAAUUAGAUUUCUAUCAGGUUUCCCCACACAAUCACACAGCACACACACACACUCCUAAAAAACCCAGAGUAGCAUGGCUCAUUCCCAAUCCACAAGAUCUCCUUGCUAUGCUCAGGAGUAUUUGUCAGUUUCUAUUCUUGCUCCCUGCUCCUUCUUUUUUUUGUGAUCUAAUAUACAGUGUCUCAUUAUGCAAUAAAGGCUAAAUUCAGGGUUAAAAUGUAAUAAAAAUGAAUAAGUGGAGCCUAACAGCAUUUUGAGCCACACAGGCAUUUGGCAUUGCUCAACGGUCGCUCAUAAAUUUUGUCACUCACAAACUAAUGUCUGGUAUGUGGUUGGAGCUUUAAGACCCACUGACUGAACUGUAGCUGAAUGUGUUCAGCUAAGCAGAAAAAAAAAGUAAUCUCUCCAGGCUUGUUUUUCUCAAUAAAUGUCUGGGAGGAAAAGUUCAGUAUCAUGAGGGUUCUCGGAUUUCCAAGGAGAGCAGCGGAGGAGCAGGCAGAUUACUGACAGGAGUGAAUGGGAGGGAUAAUGAGUAACUGAGCUCAGUUCAGUCACUCCAUUACCUGUUUGUGCAUACAGGAGAGAUGCAGCUUGUGCAACAGGAAGGAGAGAAAAAAAGAGAUGUGACAAAAAUGGAAACAGGGUGAGAAGAAUAACAACACUAACGCUGUCAAAUCACACUGACUAAAUACAGCCUGAGAAAAACGUGUGAUCUGAAAAGUUAAAAACAGACUCUCGGUCUCGAUUUCAAACUCAAACGAAAAACACACUAUAUUAACUGCCCGAGGUGACUAAGAGAAAGAUGUGUAUUUUUUCUUCCCUUUACACAACAGAUUGGGUUUCAUUAUCAAAGAAACAACUACAUUUCUGUCAUCUUGGGAAUGACAUGUGUGGUUAGCCACUGCACAUCUUUCAAUUUUGGUUUGGAGUUGUUGUAAGAAAACACAAGCAGCGUGUUAACCUGAUGAGCUACUCUCAUCUUUGCGGCGUGGGCUCACCUGGGGCGCCGUCUGUCUGCGUCCUGCCGAGGCUCCAAAUGCUGCGUUACAUCAGCAUGGACUGAGACGGGCUCAUGAGCAAAGACGGUCAAUAAGCAGGCAUAGAUUAGAUUCAUAUUCGGUGGCUUCUACUGUAAACUAAACAAAGAUAAGUCUGUUUUAAAUCACUGUCAUAGUAAAUCACUGUCAUAGUGACAAAAAAGCUUUUAUUGCUCUGUGUUUAAUCAAGCAUAGGUGCACUUAAAUACGCAAGUUGUGCUUUAAAGGCAUUAUUCAGUGUUAUGUGUGCUUAUUUGUUUUCAUGCCAAAGGGUACCUGGGAAGAUUGACCCUACUCUACUCAUAUCUGUUCCUCUUUUUCACUACAACCAGGAGACAUUUAGUGAAAAAGUGUACUAACAUGAACUAUUCCCUCAAAAGUGUGUCAGCUGUGCAUUUUUUUUCUGUUUUUUUUUUUUUAUAUUUAUUCCUGAGAAAUGCACUGCAGCACAGACUACUUAGAGACAAAGAUGCAACUAAAAUUUAAAAACAAAAAAACUUUGAUAACCUGAGCCAUCGUCAAAGUGUUGUGUAAUCAGAAAUGCUCUUCUGUAUACCUGUGUUGUUAAUUGGUGAUUGUGUUACUGUUGCCUUCCUGGCCUUACAAGAAUUCCAAUCGUUCUCCUCUGACCUCUGGCAUCAACAAAAUAUUUUCUCUCAGAGAACUGCCGCUCGCUGGAUAUUUUCUCUUUUUCGGACAAGUCUCUGUAAACCCUAGAGAUGGUUGUGGGGUAAAAAUCCAAGUAAAUCAGCGUGUGUCAUUCCAAGUCAGUGCCAUCAAUCCCCAAGUGACUAUAAACUCAACAACCACCUUGAGUUUAUAGUCACUUAAAUCACCUUUCUUCCUAAUUUUGAUGCUCUGUUAGAAUAUCAACAGGCUACGUCUAUAUGCUUAAAUGAACUUCGAGUUGCUCCCAUGUGAUUGGCUGAUAUCCCAUUGGGGAGCAGAAUUGGUCCAUCCAAUAUCUUACACUUAAUUAAAGUUGUGUUGUGGUGGGCUAAGGCACAUAUUCCUUCUCCCAGGCCAGAUACGAUAGAUCUUCAGAGGUUCUGGAUCUAUACUGUCGGUCAUUCCCUUUUAGGCGUGAGCUUCCAAAGGGAGCCACCCAGGAUGCACGCUUAUCAGAUUCUCAAACCACCUCUAGUGGCUCCCUUCAACGUAAAUGUGUAUUAGCUCUACUCUCAGCUCUCUCUGGAUAUCUGAGCUCCUCAUGUUUCUCAGCCACCCUGUGUAGGAAACUCAUCUGAGCUCUUGUAUUCGUGACCUUACUCUUUUGGUCACUGCCCAGAUGUCUUGACCACAGGUGAAAGUUAGAAUACAGAUACAGCUUUGGCUUGCAGUUCAGCCCCCUCUUCAUCACAACAGUGUAUAAAACACCCGCUUUACUGCUGACAGUGUCCGAAUUUGCUGGUUCAAUUUGCACUCUACUUUCCAAUUACUCGUGAAUAAAAAAAUGAAAAAUACCAGCAUACUUGAACUUGACCUUCAUACUCAGCUGUAGUUGAACAGGUACACCUAACAAAGUGGCCUUUGACCAUACAUUAGUUUCAUUAUUUGAGUAUUUGAUUUAAGAACAGCAAGCAUCAUUAUAACAGUUUAUAUGAGUGAAAUAAGGAACUAAUAAUUGGUGGUCAAUUUUAAUUUUGGAGGAAGAGUUCAGAGCUGUUUAGCUGAUCAAGAUAAAGGAAAACAAUCCAGUUGUGUGUGGUGCCAAUCUUCACUAUUAGCUCUCAGGAAGAAAGUGAAUAAGCGUACUUAAAGGGUUACAGCAACGAGCAUCAGGUGCAAGCCACCAUCUAUUAAGACAAUGCUACAGAUUUCCCUUCUAGGCGAGUGCAACAGGAUCCUCUAUUUGUCUGUGUGUGUGUGAUCAUGGACACAUGUCUCGAGAGGAAAUCCAUUCUCUUUAUGCACCAGAGCAAAGUUUUGGCCUGCAGCCUAUGAAUCUGACCCUGCACUAACCCGCCUGUAAGGUCGAGUUCGCGCACACCGCACCGAAGACCGUCCUGCUGGGUGAGGGUGCGUUCUGUAUGGGACUCCCACAGGAAAGCUUCACACAAUACUUUGCUCUCUUCGAGGAGGACAUACAAAUAUACACGGACAGAUUAAGCCACACACACAUAAAAAUGGAACACACACACACACUAGCUCUCGCUUGUCUCAAGCAGACAAUGGACAGUGGAACUGUGCCAUAAGGGAGGGCUGUUGUCCAGUCACUGGGCAACUGGGGCAGCAGAUGGUCAUCUUCCCUUCCACUAACACCAAUCAGGAGGGAGAGGAAGGGUGAGGGGUGAGGCUCAGCAGAGUGAUCUCCGUCACAGUGUGAACCUUUCAUCAAAUACAUGGCAAUGACUCAGCCAUAAUGCAUAAAGCAAAUGAGCUGGACUCCGUUAAUGACCUGCACAAAUCUGUGCAGAGUUACAACACAGAAACAGUUUACCUAAAUCUAAAAAGUGAAAUACACGGGUCACCUGACCCAGCUUACAGCUUAAAGUAGUGGGUUAAAGUAAAUGUCACUGUUUGAAAACGUUAAUGAGACAAACUUGGGUAAAACCACAAAUAUAGCAGAAAUGCUAAAGCGAGCUUGGGUGCAGAAAAAGCAAAGUAGGGGAAAGGUCACUUCUGAAAUAAAGAACAAAAGAAAAAAAAAGAAAAAAGUAAGGUUUUAUAUCCUGUUGACCAGUUGCUGUCUCUCAGUGUGAAAGUUUUGAUUGGAGAGCAUGUGUUGGAUAUGCGCACAGCUGUAUGUGUGCGUGGGAGACAGACAGAUUACAGAGAGGUGCUUAUAGUUUUUAGAUUCUUUUCUCAUCUCAGCCAGUGUUAAUGAAAGAAAAGAAACAACAACAACAAUAUACCAGCACUUUUUCUACUUUCUGAAGCGUGUCAGAAGGCACGCUUCAAGGAGGCUAAACCCAAAACAAGAAUUGCAUAAAUAAAGGACCGAUUGGCUGACGGGAUAGCUGAUUCAGGAUAGACAUGAGAGCAAUUUGUGCUCCUGGGCUAAAAAGAUGUAAAAAGCAAACAACUUGGAAUGAAUGAGCCUUUGUGUGCCCAGUAGAGUGAACCACCAAUGCGAAACAAGAAAACAUGUUUUUUAAGAGUUACAUCACAAGGAAGGCAUGACAGAGGGCAGAGUUAGAGCAGACAACAGAGCAGGAGAGAGGUCAAAAGAAAAUAACUAGUUAGCAUUUCUCAGGUUGUAUUUUUGCAAGUAGUAAGAAAGCUAAGGUUAUGCUAAUGUGACACUAGGGAAAACAGUGGUUGGAGACUCAGAUCCAACCCUGUAAAUUUACCAUCUCAUUGCAAAGACUGGGCUUAUAACCACUCACAGCCAGUUGCUGUCUUCAAAGCGAUUUUGGUGGGUUAAGAUGACGAUAAAACAACAAUAAGGCGGAGUCAAUCUGCAAUCAGCAAGUGAUUUAAUUGGGUCAAGUUGGCAAAUACGACUUAGAUUUCCUGCAACAUGUUGGCAAUCUGUCUCUAGUCAUAAAUUAGAUGGCAAUUAUUUGCAGACCUUCACUAAUUUCUCUGAGAGUAAUCUCAGUCAGUGUGCGAUUGUUUGGAGACAGGUUGCCACCAGAUGACCUACGCAAUCGCACUGUGGACGAAAGAGGUCAACCAGAGGUAGAGAGCUGGUUGUUACUGCUACUUUCAAUCGGUUUUUGACAGCAGAAAAAAUUAAAUGCACUGAUACCUAUACUAUUAUGAUUCUAGUGACGGACUAGUUUGAACUAAGGCAGUUUCAUAAGUCAUAACUAUUUCAUGCCAAAAUUUGGCUAAUUUGUCAGUGUGAUUAGCCAUGGAUGAAUUAGCUGAACAUAUCCACCUAUCCAUCAGUUAGGUAUCAACAAAACUACGUAUACAGAUCGUAUACAGAUCCCUCUAUGACAUGAGCGACCAUAUAAACACAUUAACUGAUGCCAGUGUUGUAUUUGGCUGUAAUUUCGUAAGUUACACUACCAACUGGUGACGUUCUGACAACGCUACACUAUAACUGCAAAACAAAACAAAACAAAAAAGCACACUAUAUCAAAGUCAAAAGGUAAUGUUAUUAUAUCACUUUAGAAAUUUUUAAAACACAAAUGCAAC